AUGGGUCAGAAACCGAAUAGGAUCACAGAGGAGGUUUGGAAUAACUGGACAGCCCAUUGGUCCUUUAAGCAGGUUCACAGGAAGCGUGUUGCUACCUCCAGGAAUCGAUGUAGCGAGACUAGUGGGGAGGGAUCAGGACCUUCACUCAAUACUAGGGAUUCGAUUUAUAUGGUUAAACGAGUCAGGAGGAUGGCACAUGAGUUAGGUCGAGACCCCGACCCUAUUGAGCUGUUCAAGGCCAUGCAUACUAGGCAGACAUUAGAUGGAGAUCAUUACCAUAAGCUUGUAGAAUCUGCUUCUCAACCAACUGAGGAAUCUACACAGCCAGCAAAGCCAGACACGAUGGAGUUAUUCCUCCAAGCGGCAGACGGGGAGAAGAAGCACCAUAUCUAUGGCCUGGGUGCUAAGGCACUCUCCUUUAGCCAUUAUUCAUCUUGCAGCUCCACUACCCGGUCCCAAGGUACAGAUAUACCAGAUCCGUCUCUAUAA